AUGUCUAAAUUUGUCAAUGUUCUUCAUCAAUACUUCAAGGACCAAUGCCAUCUAUAUCUUAAGAGCGGAAAGUUUACUUUAAAAAUGCUUAUUAAUACUAUAAAAUGUACAAGUACAACUCAUCAACAUCAUCAUCUUCAUCAUCAUCAUCACACAUCAACAUCAUCCACAGACACAUCAACUUAUUGUUUCAAAAAUACCAUUUCAAUUUUCACAUCUAAAAUAUUAAAUUCACCUAUCAAUAGUAUAAAUAACAAUAAUCCAUCACCACCAUCCGAUUCCCCUCCAUCCACUCCAAACUCAAAUAGUCAAUCGCCCCCUUCUACAAUGUCAUCACCUACUUUAAUUUAUUUAUCUAAUUUGUUUUCCAGUAAUAGUAUUUAUGGAACAAAUAAUAAUACUACCAAUAAUAAUCCAAAUAAUAAUAACCAAAAUUUAUCAAAUAAUCAAAAUAAUAAUAAUAGGUGGGGGGCAUCCAAGAAAGGAACCAAACCAAAAUUAAUAGAGCGUCUACUUCGUCAUAUAUUCACUUUCAGCGACGCUCGUCCAAGAGCCGAACUAUUAGACGUUACUUCCAUGUCAACCAAAGAUAUCAUCAAUUAUCUUGGAAGAUACAAGCUCAACAAAGUACCACAAGACAGAGCUUUAUUGAUCCCAAUGCUGGUGUUUUAUCAUAGUCUUUUCGGACCAGAACCAAGAUUUCAUGCUGCAUCAAAUAAUAACAAUAACCAAAAUUAUCAUAAUAAUAAUAAUCAUUGUAUGACUUCCAACUCUAGAAGAUUCUCACCAUAUAUAACACCACCAAGAUCACCAACCUCACCGGAGAUUGCUUCUGAUCAAAGUCCAUCCAAGAGUUCAAAUAGAGAUUUAAAAAACUCAAACGGUUACUACGGUCUCUCGUCGAGUCUGCCAUCGUCUCCAUUGUACUACAGCAACCAAGCAAUCUACACACCGCCAUUCUCAUCACCAAUGCUUCUCUCCAGUAUGCCAUCAGUGCCUUUCUUCUCAAAUGGAUAUCCAAUGCCAUAUCCAUCACCAGCUUCGCCACCCAACCAAGACUUUUCCACCGCUAUCACACCAAAUCUAAUAGACCCCAAUUUCAAUCUUAAUAAUAUUUCGCAACCAGCUUUGAUUCCUGCUGUUCCACAACAGCCAUUACCAAUACAACAACAACAACAACAACAACAUCAACAACAACAACAACAACAACAACAACAACAACAACAACAACAACAACAACAACAACAACAACAACAGACUACACUUCAAGUUCCUCAAGAUCAAUCGUCAUUAUUAUCAUUGCCAAUCCAACAGAAAAGUAAUAUUUCAUUAUCCAAAAGCAGUGCAAUUCCUAUCGUAGGAAGUAGUACUAUCAAUGAACCAAACAAUAUUUUCAAUUAUAAUCCACCAAUACCAUCUAUACCAUUUGACUAUAGUUCAAUUUCACUUCAACAACAAAUGCAUCAAUCUUUAGAUGUUCAACAACAACAACAACAACAAUUGGAAAUGAAUAAUAACUAUUACUAUUAUAUGAUGUCGCAACAACAACAAUUAAAUUCUACAUUAUAUAAUCAAUCAACGGCUACCACAACAACAACAACAACACCACCAAUGUAUCAACAACCAAUGUACAACCUUCCCAAUGAUGCCGAAGGAAAUAACAAGUUUUUCUUCGAAAAUUUACUAAAUGAAAAUAAAUAA